CUCGUCGUCCUUCCUUCCUGAACGAGGGCAGGGAAACUAGGAAGGGCACAAGGAAGCGCGAUCCGAAAUUCGUUUUGCAGUCAGUGGGGUUGCGAGCCGAGGCUUGUCCCUCAGAUCCGCGAUUAACCGCCGCGGUCACGUGCUUGCAUCAUCAUCAUUGCAGUGCAGCUUUGUUGGCUAGGACGCUGGGCUAAGUGGUUGAGGGAUGGGGAAGAUGUAGUAAUGCUGCUCAUCGCCUGCUGCUGCUGUGCAGUGGAGAACUGCCGCAUGUGUUGCAUUAGGUAGUAGUUGAUCGCAGUGAGGCGGGAAGAGAGAGAGCGAGCGAGAGAGAGAGAGCGAGAGCUUGUGCGAGUGUGGCGCCGAUGCUGGAGUGAAUUUCGAAACGGAUUGGAUGUAUGGUUGACGCGGAGGAAGGGUUUUUGGUGUUCAGUUGGAAGUGUGUGUCUCGAGUGAGGGGUUCUGGAGCGUGGUAGCAGCAUGCGACAAUUUUGGCAAUAGCAGCGAGAGCGGUGAGGCAGUCAUAAGAUCUGGGAAGAAAUCGUAAAUGAUGGUGGUGGCACAGAAUGCUUCACUUUCGUUGGAGUUUUUCUGAGUGUGGGGUGGCGGAAUCUGUUUUGACGCGUAUUUUUAUUUCAGAUUUGUACUACGAUCGCAGAAAGAAUUGAGGUUGGAAUUGGAUGUAGAAGUGCAGCGCGGGAGUUUCUUUGAAGGUAGUGGUUGAGGAUGUUUUAAAAUCCGGAGGCAAUGUAGUUGAAGGAACAACUUCUCUAAUAGCGUUGUGGAAGUGAUUGAGCAACAGCUAUUGCUAUGCGUUGGCGAGCCAUCGGUGUUGGAGAAUUCCGCGCAGGGAUGUUGGAUGGCUUCUAAGAUUUAGUGUUCUGAAAUUUUAUCAGCAAAGACGUUUUUGAUGAGUCGUUUCGUUGCCCUCCUUUAGUGUUACAAAGGACAGAUUCAGAAGGCAUUUAUUAAAUGCGGCCGUGACUCUCCCCUCUGAGGUCUCGUGUACGCCUCUGAAGUGUUGGAUUCAUGGAGGUUACACCUGACAAAUUUGUUUGGUUGUUUCUAGCCGUGACCACAGUUGGAUGGCUCGUCUUCAAUUUCACUGCCAAGCUGUUGGCAUGGAUAGCCAGCAGGGUUCUCAGUGCGCGAGUAAGCUUCCGGUUAGCUGGUUUUCAACGACUCAAAGACGUAUCCAUUCAAUUCCGAAAGGGGGCAAUUGCGUCUGUGACCAUUGGGGAAGUGCGUAUCAGUUUUCGAAAGCAGCUUUCAGCGCUAUUACGAGAUUUCAAAUUUCAGCUCUUUAUUUCGGAUGUGGAGGUUAUCUUGCAAAAGAGUGUGGGAACAACUAAGAAAAGGUCAAAAAAACCCCGAAGCAUUAGAAAUCCUGUCUCCGAGCGCAGAAAGUGGAUCGUGACCGCCAAGUUAGCAAAAUAUCUGAAAUUGUCUUUAACGGAGCUUGUUUUUAAGGUUGCUGAGAUUCCAAAAUUGUCCUUGGAAAUCAAGGACCUGGAGUUAGACUUGUUCAAACAGGAUUUAGCUUCCACAGUGUUGGGCGCUAAGUUGUCCAUCAAACCAUUCAUGAUGUAUUUCGGUGAAAGGCACUCAAGGUACGAAAAUUCUGGACCGAUGAUUGGCUUUCGACAGCGUAUCUUCUCCGUCGCUCGACCUCCUCCUGCACAACUUAUUGAUGCUAUUCCAAGUGUACUAUUUUUAUUGGAUCAUCUCACUGUAUCCAGCAGCUUCGAUCAUGACGGGGAAGCUGGAGUUAUGCUUCAACAGCUGGAUGUAAUGUGUGGCGACGUUUCAAUCGAUCUGAGUGAGGACAUACUAUUAGGAGAAGCUGGUCUUUUAAAUAGUCUCAACGCCUCAAAAAAAUCUCGGGAAUCAAGUGAAUUGCAUGGGGUGUCUGUCCCAGAAUCUUCAACUCUUGAACUUGCUCAGCCGACCCCAAGCUUAGAGACAGAUGCCACUGCUGCCGCUGUUGUUGCGGCAGUGGCCUCUGGGUCUGAGCACAUUUCACCAACUUUAGAGGCUGGAGCUGCUGCUGUGAGCGCAGUAGCGACAGCCGAGUCUCCCAAAGGACGUAUUUUUAAGGUUCCUGAAAAGAUCGGUUUUUGUCUGCCCAAGUUGAGUUUGAAGUGCAGUUACAAAGAGGGAGUGCUGGAGAAUGUAGUGACAGGCAUUCAGAUGCGGGGUAAAAGGGUUCAGCCAACGGAACCAUCUGGAGACCUUGUUUCUCAGCUGGAUGUCGGCGUGGAAUGUGGAGAAAUCAUGGUCUUACGGGAGAACAACCAAUCUUUUCUUGAAAUAUUGAAGGUGGUAGUAGGAGGAUCUCUCGAGUUUCCCGCUGAGGCCAGCAAGCCUGUGCAUGCAGACGUACAAGUUCAGUUGGGAGGCACUCAAUGCAGUUUAAUGACAGCCAGCUUAGAUUGCUGGCUAAAAUUCAUAAUGAGGGUUUUGAGGAAACCAAACAGUGGAGCUGGAAGUGAUCACCCUAUACCAAAACCAGUAACUGUAAAGAAACAAAAGAGAAAGUUGACGUGGGGUUGCACUUUUUCUGCGCCAGAGCUGACACUAGUUGCUUAUAGCCUAGAUGGCAUGCCUCUUUAUAAUGUAAAUGCACAAACUUCACAUUUGGAUUUGAACUCAGGAUCAGGCUACGGGUUGGUGGUGAACGGAGAGAUGAGAGAAUGUGUUUUUGGGAUGGCUGAGGAAACAGAUUGUUCCUCAAAAGACUCUGUAUCCGGAGGUGAAUCUUGUAAUGGCUGUCUGAUGCGAGUUUCACGUGUGGUAGUUGAAUGGGUUUUUAUUGACUCUGAGUCAGUGGAAGACAAACCAGCAAACAAGAUUCGGACUUUAAUUCUUGAAGCGCAUGGAAGUAAAAUUUAUCUUAGUAUAACUCGUGUGCGGUCCAUUCUCUCCACAUGGAUGGUGAUGGAGAGGUAUCUCAAAUCUUUAACCUCUGGUAAAAAGCCCAAAAGUUCGAGCAGCAGCAGUUCAAAGGCCAAAAAGCCGGGAUUAAGGAAAGUCAUAUUGCGUCUCGAAAGUUUCCUCAUUCAAUUGACGGGUUCUUUGCAUACAGUGGAUGCGGAAUUGCUAGACCCAAAGAAGGUGAAUUAUGGUAUUCAAGGUGGGGAGACAAUUAUUUCCAAGAUGGAAGAUGGUUCUGAUCGCAAAGCCUGGAUACGUGUUGCUCGUGGGAGUAGGCUUAGAAGUAAAUACAAGGCUGGUCUGGAACUAACACGUCUUAGCUUGUGCUUUGAUAAAGAGCCCAAAGGUGUCAAAGUUAAAGUUGAACGUGGGAAUUUACUGUACCAGGAGCUUGAUAGUAGGGACAAAAUUCUUGCUGAAACUACUGCAUUUGGUGUCCAGAUUAUGGAGGUCCUUUACCAGCCGGCUGCAGUGGGUUCCGAGAAAGGCAAUUGUGUUCUGGUUAGUGUGAGUGAUAUUGCAGCUAGGUGGGAACCUGACGUCCAUUUGUUCUUUCAUGAAGUUGGACUUCAAUUCAAGAGAUUAUUAGAUUGGCGCAAGUCCUUUAGAAACAACCUUAGCAGUGUACAGGAAGAUUUUGUUCCAGGAAAAACCUCUAGUGUUGAAAGCACUAGCAAACGGAGUAAAGGCAAAGUCGAGGUGGCCAUUGACAUUGAGGGUUUAGUAUUCACAUGUGAGAUUGGUGAUGGAGCGGAAUUGAUGGUACAGAUCCAGUCAAUAUUCUCCGAAGAUGCUCAAAUCGGUGUACUUGCUGAACAGACCAAGCUAUUUCUUAACAAUGCUCUGCUGCUGAGCAGUGAGCGCUUGCAGGUAUCUCGAAUUCCAUACGUGCCAGAACUAGCAAACAAAAGUGCUUGCAAUGAUGACACUGUGAGGAACAGCGCUGGAAUAUUAAAUUACUGGGAUUGUAUCAUACAAGCAAGUGGCACCCGAAUAGUUAUGCCGUUCCGCCUGCCAUUAAGAGGUAUCGAAGACGCGUAUGAGGAUCAGCUUCGGGCCUUGAAACUAGCUAUGGCUGCACAAAAACAUAGAAUUGGGGCCGGAAUGCCGGCUCAUGUAGAUACUAAACCGAAGAAGGUGAAAUCCUCUCAGUUGAGAGCAGUGCAGUUGGUGAUGCGAGACGUUGUGGCUGAGAUCGAGGAGGAGCCUAUUCAAGGUUGGUUUGAUGAGCACCAUCGUCUUUUGCGUGAGCAGGUGUGUGAGCUGAUAGUCAGAGAGCAGCUCUUUGAUGCCAAAGUCUCUGAGGAGCGUGGUAAAAUUGGACAGAGGCAUUCACAGUCAGAGGGAGAAGAGCAUGAAAAGAACAACAGUGCUCUUCACAAGCUUGUAGAAACAGGCUUAUCUGACCCUGAGUUUGUUAAAAAAGAGAAGGAUAGACUCUACAUUCAGACUUUUGAAGCUUAUCGCAAAGCUUGUGAAAAGCUCGUAGUGGAGAAAAAGACAGGGGAAGCUAAUGUCGGGUUGCAGGCAGGUUUUAGAAUGAGCUCAACACGUCGGUCCUUGGUCUCGCUCUCUGUCAGCACUCUGGAAGUUAUUCUGACCAACGUUGAAGGAGGCCGGGAGGGUAUGAUUCAAAUUGCUCAUAGGCUAGAUUGCGUAGAGCCUGUCGCUCAGAUUCCCUUCUCAAGGGUUAUGGGCCGAAAGCUAGGAGUGAACCUAACAAACCUCGUAGUUCGCAUUCGUGACUACACGCUUCCUUUAUUAUCUGCUGAUCGUGGACAAUGUGAGGGGGUGGUGGUUCUUGCACAACAGGCUACGGUGUUUCCUCCACAAAUGCUGCAAGAUGUAUACCUUGGACGGUGGCGGCGAGUGAGCGUGAAUCGUUCUAUAAGUGGCUCAACCCCCGCUAUGAAAUUUUAUUCAGAACUCCCAAUCGAACUUGAAAAUGCAAAAGUUUGCUAUGGCGUUGGUCAUGAACCAGCCAUUGCGGAUGUAAGCUGGGCCUUCUCAGUGGCUCUCCGAAGAACCGACAUUAGCGUCUACAGGCACGAGUGGUAUGAGCAAAUUCCCUUGCCUCCUCCACCUGUGAAGAAGGAACGUAGUCUACCUUGGUGGGAUGAUAUGCGUUAUUACAUACACGGAAUAAACAGUAUCAAUGCUACAAAUUUUGAAUUGACGGUUCCAGCGACGACAGAUCCGUACGAGGAGAACAAUCAUAUGCGUUUAGUUUCUAAAACUAUGGAAAUCAAGCAAUCAGAAGGGUGCAUCGUGUUCAAUGGAAAGGAUUUCGGUCUCCUUGUUACCACCUUGGAGGCGUUAACGCAAGGUUUCCAAGGAGACUCGUCAAUCCUCGAUCAAGAACAACCUGUAUUUCUUAGUACUCCAGUCUUCCAGUUAGAGAUUACCAUGGACUGGGAUUGUGAAUCGGGAACUCCACUUAACCAUUAUUUGCACGCACUUCCGAAUGAGAUGAAGUUGCGUGAUCUAGUGUACGAUCCAUUUCGCUCAACUUCUUUAUCUUUGUGGCUGAAUUUUGUCUUCAAAUCGGAUUCCGAGGAGAGUAACGAAGAAGUGAAUAAUUUGGGUGGAGAGCAUAAAAGCUCUAAACCCCAACCGAAGAACUUCAUUUGGCGUCUGCUACGAGGAUCCGGAUCACCCUCUGUUCAUGAUAAGCUAGAUAAUUCUGCAGAUCUGGUUCCAACCGUGAACUUAGCUGCUCAUGACUUGAGUUGGAUCUUCAAGUGGUGGAAUCUUGUCUACUUGCCCCCUCACAAGUUGCGAUCUUUUGCUAGAUUCUACCGAUUUAAUACUCCUCGUAUCCCUCGUUCUGGAAAUCUUUCCCUUGACAAGGUUAUUACCGAAUUUAUGUUGAGAGUAGAUUCAUCUCCAACCUGCAUAAAACAUUACUCACUAAUGAAGGAUGAUCCUGCAAAAGGCUUGACCUUCCUCAUGCAGAAGCUCAAAUACGAGAUGUGUUACAGUCGAGGCCGUGGCCAGUUUACUAUAAACUCUGUGCGGGACCCUUUGGAACUAGUAUAUCAAGGUUUGGAUAUAAACGUGAUGAUAGCAGAGCUGCACCAACGUUCCUCUCCUGCUCCUGCGGAUGAUUCUGUUGGUGUUGAAGAGUUGCAAAAGUCUGAUAAAGUCAAACAGCUUCUUGGGCUUCCGGAAGGCAAUGUGAAUGAAGCCUCUCCUAAUCCGGCUACCAGCAGUGAUCUUGGGUUCCUGCUGAGUACUGAUUGUUUUACAAUUCGUAAACAAGCUCCAAAGGCGGACUCAGCUCGCCUUUCCUUCUGGCAAGAAGCAGCAAGACGACAUCUUCGUGUGAAAGCAAUGCGACAUACAUCUGUGGAGCAUGGAAGUGGAAGUGACUUACCUAGUGAUGAUGAUGGAUUUAGUGUUGUACUAGCGGAUAACUGUCUACGCGUUUCUCUGUACGGACUCAAGCUUCUCUGGACUAUUGCAAAUAGGGAUGCUGUGUGGGCAUGGGUGGGAGAACUAGGUCAUGCUUUCGAGAGCCCUAAGCUUUCACCAUCUAGGCAAUAUGCCCAACGUAGAAGGAUGGAGGAACAACAGAAGAUAGAGAAAGCUGAGUGUGAACGUGUUGAUGCUCAAAAAGGUUCCACAAGCGUCCCUUCUUCUCCUUCUCGAUCCUUCUUGUCACAUCCUACUGCUGCUCUCAAGGGAGAGAGCCCAACAGCUAGCGCAAGUGCCUUAGAAAAGUUGCCAGAGGAUGUUGAAGAGGAUGGUGAAGGCACCAUGCACUUUAUGGUUAACGUUGUUCAGCCUCAGUUCAACCUUGACUCGGAAGAAGCAAACGGACGUUUAUUAUUAGCUGCAGCGAGUGGACGUGUGCUAGCCCGCUCUAUUGCCUCUAUUGUGUUACUGGGUGGUGAGGCAUUAGUGCAUAUGGGCUCAGGUAGAGUGUCUACACAAUCAGGUGGAUCUCCUAUAAUAGCAUGGAAACGACGGGAGCUUUCGGUCAUCUUGGAGCAUGUUCAGGCUCACAUAGCCCCCACAGACGUGGAUCCUGGUGCUGGAAUACAGUGGUUGCCUAGAAUUACAACCGGUGCUCCCAAGAUAAAGCGAACUGGAACCCUCCUUGAGCAGGUUUUCAUGCCCUGUACAAUGUACUUUCAGUAUACUCGCCAGAAAGGUGGCACCACAGAUAGCAAGGUCGUGAAGCCUUUAAAGGAUCUCUCAUUCAAUUCGCCAAAUAUUACUGCAACCAUGACAUCUCGACAAUUUCAGAUCAUGGUGGCUGUCAUCAGCAAUCUGCUUCUAGCUAGACUUCCCAAACCAAGAAAGAACAGACUUUAUCAAGAAGGAGGAGAAGAAGAAGAGGCGGAUGAGGUGGUUCCAGAUGGGAUUGAAGAAGUGGAACUGGCACGCAUAAGGUUGGAGCAGGCCCAACGGGAUUUCCGUCUCCUCUUUCGAGAUCUUCGCACAAUUGGUCUCAAUGAUUUGAGUGGCGACUUUCGUUCCUUCACUUCGUCCACAUCAGAUGAUGAAGGUCUCUGGAUGCUUUCGUGUCCUAGAUCUGCCUUGGCUCUUAGAUUGCAGGCUGAGCUUAUUGUAAGAAAGGAUAAGUUAAGAGGUGAACGAAAAGCUCUGCGAAAAGCUCUGCAGGGAGCUGCACAGCAACAAUUAAUGGUGAAAGAAAAGAACAAGACUCCCUCAGCAGCUAUGCGUAUCUCUUGGGUUUUCGAAAAACUCGUCUGGAGCAUGCUUUGUGAUGGUGAUAUUUUUGCUGAGGCAGAAAUAAAUAGCAUGACGUUGAAUGUUGACCGAGAUUUUAAAGACGUUGGAGUAGCAAAAUUCACGGUGAAAUCCUUUGUGGUGAAAAAUAAUUUGCCCAGUGCAAAGUUAAAUACAGUUCUUGCUGCUUGGAAUCCUCCCAAAGAAUGGGGAAGAAAUUCAAUGCUUCGCGUUGAUGCAAAACAAAGUGCACCAAAGGAUGGAAGAUCCCCGCUGGAAUGUUUUGAAGUCAGUAUAUAUCCUCUACGAAUUUAUCUGACGGAGACCAUGUACAGAAAGUUGUGGGAUUAUCUUUUCCCAGGGGAUGAGCAAGAUGUGAAGCGUCAGACUUCUCAGGAGGUGUGGAAAGUAUCAACUGCUGUACAGCAGAAGCGAGGGAGAACACGAGGCAGCACGCCACUGGAACUCCGUAGCAGUUGGGAUUCCGGUAUCAAUUCUUCUCGCAGCGGUCUGUCAGGUCCGACUUUAUCUCUUGCCCCGCCAGCUGGACUUCCACCUGAUACACAACAUGCUGGGGACUUUUCGGUUCCUGCUAAUGCCCUGGAGAAAUCACGAAAGGUGAAUGCUGCUGUCAGCAUUGAUCAGGGGCAGUGCGUAUCCUUGGAUCGACUUGAAGAAACUGAAGUUGAAACGAUGAGCGAGGAGGUCAUAAUUAAGACUAGUAAACAUGGGUCUUCAGUACGCACAACCGUGUCUACUACCUCGCGUCAGGAUGUGCUCACUGCAGGAGGAACGUCAUCGAAUAUCCCUACAACCAGUGACAACAGUGGUUCUGUAAGAAACAGAGAUCGAAAGAUAAGCAAAACAGAUCGAAAGUCUGUAGUUGUGGAGGAGAGGAAGGAAAUUAAGAAAAAGACCAGUAUGAUGGAGUUCCACAAUAUCAAGAUUAGCCAAGUAGAGCUAUUGGUAACAUAUGAAGGAUCCAGGUUUGCUGUUAGUGACCUUCGCCUUCUUAUGGAUACUUUCUUGCUAUUAGAGCUUACGGGCAGUUGGCGUCGUCUUUUCUCCAAGGUUAAAAAGCAUAUUAUCUGGAGCGUUCUCAAAUCCGUAACUGGCAUGCAGGGCAAGAAGUUCAAGGAUAAGUUACCCGCGCAACCAGGGCCUAUAGAUGAGGACUUCGAUGUUGGCUCCGACGACAGCUCAGGAAGUCAUGAGGGAACCGAAAUGUUCUCGCUAAGACCACGAAGAAACAGUGAUCGAGCAGGCGAAGGAUUUGUAUCAUCCAUUCGCGGUCUAUUUAAUUCACAAAGAAAAAAAGCUAAAGCUUUGGUACUACGCACAAGGAGAGGUCCUGAAGACCUGGAUUUUGAACAACGCAGCUCUGCUAGUGACGAAGACCGGAAUUCAGUAAGGUCCCCACGAGCAAGUCUUACUAGUAUCACGAAGGCCAAAAAACUGCUGCGACUACAAGCACGUAAACAUCACAAAGUUAACCGUCUUCCAAGAGGCCAUUUAGCAGACAAUACAACACAUUCUGCAGAGGCAACACCGUCACAGAGCGAGGCAGAUGUCACCGAUACCCCAUCAGCUUACGAGGACUUGGAUUGACAGCAAUAACCAUCCAGUUUUGUACACUAGCAGUUCUUUCCAGAUUCGUUUAUCACGCCUUUCUGGGUCUCUAACACACUACUGCCUUGGUAAGCAUAGUCAUAUUCCCGAGUAUCCGAACUACCUUAUCUCUAUUUAGGGGUCAUUCAGGCUACUAUAUCACUGGGCUUGACCCGUAAAGAGGCUUUGGUCCUUCACGUCAGAUUCGUUUAUCAUGCCUUUAGUCCUUCCCUCACUGUGGAAGGCCUUUGGUUACGAGGUUGAGGCAAGAUUUGACCAGCAACGUUGACCCUUCGUCAUUUACACAGCAGCCCCGUAAUUCAGCUGCUUCUAUAUAACAGAUUUCUACCAUUUAUUUUAGAUUGUAGAGUGUACAGAGUGUGCCAGGGUUAGUACGAGCUUCUAGACAGCCUCGACUUGAAAUGAUAUGCAGCUUCACUUUCUAUUCGUUGAACUGUAGAUUCAAGUUAGUCUAGUUUGCUACAAUAUUAACUAUUUCUGUUCAAUUAUUUCAAAAUGGUGCUUGCACAAGCAGGCCUAGUUGCAGUAAAGUGGUAUAAUUGAAUCUC